AGGGUCUCACGUGGCCCGGCCAGCUGGGAGGAAGGAGGCCGGCGAGCCAUGGCAGGCUCCGCGCUCUGGUUUUUUCUGCUGCUGGCGGCAGCGCUCGCUGGGCGGGCGACAGCCCUAUGGCCUUGGCCCCAGUACAUCCAAACGUCCGACCUGCGCUACCCCAUCUUCCCGCACAACUUCCAAUUCCAGUACCACGUCAGUUCGGCCGCGCAGCCGGGCUGCUCCGUCCUGGACGAGGCCUUCCAGCGCUACCGUGACCUGCUCUUCGGGUCGGAUUUUUGGCACCGUCCUGACCCCGCAGAAAAACAGCAUACAUUGGAGAUUAAUUCGUUGGUUAUCCAUGUGGCCACUCCUGGGUGUGACCAACUUCCUUCUUUGGAGUCAGCAGAGAAUUACACUCUAACCAUAAACGAUGAGCAGAAUUUCCUCUUCUCUGAGACUGUCUGGGGAGCUCUCCGAGGCCUGGAGACUUUCAGCCAGCUCGUAUGGAGAUCUCCUGAGGGCACGUUCUUUAUCAACAAGACGGAGAUUGAGGACUUUCCCCGCUUCCCUCACCGGGGCUUGUUGUUGGAUACAUCUCGCCACUACCUGCCACUGUCUAGCAUCCUGAACACUCUGGAUGUCAUGGCAUACAGUAAAUUCAACGUUUUCCACUGGCAUAUGGUCGAUGACCCUUCCUUCCCAUAUGAAAGCUUCACUUUUCCAGAGCUCACCAGAAAGGGGUCCUACAACCCUGCCACCCACAUCUACACAGCACAGGAUGUGAAGGAGGUGAUUGAAUAUGCACGGCUUCGGGGUAUCCGUGUGUUGGUAGAGUUUGACACUCCUGGCCACACUCAGUCCUGGGGACCAGGUGCCCCCGGAUUGUUGACUCCUUGCUACUCUGGGUCUCAGCCCUCUGGCACCUUUGGACCAGUGAAUCCCAUUCUCAACAGUACCUAUGAGUUCAUGAGCACGUUCUUCUUGGAGGUCAGCUCUGUCUUCCCAGAUUUUUAUCUUCAUCUUGGAGGAGAUGAGGUUGAUUUCUCCUGCUGGAAGUCGAACCCAGACAUCCAGGACUUUAUGAAGAAGAAGGGCUUUGGUAAUGACUUCAAGAAGCUGGAAUCCUUCUACAUCCAGACGCUGCUGGACAUUGUCUCUGCCUAUGGCAAGGGCUAUGUGGUGUGGCAGGAGGUGUUUGAUAAUAAAGUAAAGGUUCGUCCAGACACAAUCAUCCAGGUAUGGCGAGAAGAGGCACCAGUAAGCUAUAUGAAGGAGCUGGAACUGGUCACCAAUGCCAGCUUCCGGGCCCUGCUCUCUGCCCCCUGGUACCUGAACCACAUCACUUAUGGCCCUGACUGGGAGAAGGUCUACAUGGUGGAGCCUCUGGCAUUUGACGGUACCCCUGAGCAGAAGGCUCUGGUGAUUGGUGGAGAGGCCUGUAUGUGGGGGGAGUAUGUGGACAGCACAAACCUGGUCCCCAGGCUCUGGCCCAGAGCAGGGGCUGUUGCCGAGAGGCUGUGGAGCAGCAAGUUGGUGACAAAUCUGGACUUUGCCUCUAAACGUUUGGCAGACUUCCGCUGUGAGCUGCUGAGGCGAGGCAUCCAGGCCCAGCCCCUCAAUGUAGGCUACUGUGAACAGGAGUUUGAAGAGACCUGAGCAAGCAGCCCCAGGCACCGAGGAGGGUGCUGGCCCUAGGAGAGUGGUAGUGGGGUUCCACUGCAUCCUGGCCGGGGGACGGAGCCCCUUGCCCACAUGCCCCUGUACCUGGAGAGAAGGGGUCUGUUGCUGGUGCUGGUGUCCAAUAAAGAGUGAUGUAGCAUUUUUCUAUAAUGAACAUGGAUUACCUGUGUAAAAAAACGUUGAGUGGCCCUGGGGUCGGGGAGCUCCCAGGACUGGCCUUCACUGAGAGUAAUAGGGCUCAGCAGGGUCCCGCCAGGUUGGGCUCAGUAUCUGCCUCUGGAGGGAUUUUAUAAGCCGAGGGCUGGGAAUGGAACCUGUAGCCUUUGUGCUGUCCUGCUCAGCCUGUGAAUUAUGUGAUGUCUCUCCUACCGCCCUCAUAGUCCAGACACAUAUCCCCAUCCUCAGCCUCAUCACUUCCCUCCAAGUGGGGAGGUCACUUAGACUUCCAAGACUUCUGUAUGCAGAAUAAAACAUUAUAGGGGCCCCAGUUCUGGGCAGCGGCAGGGGCUCCAGACCCAACCUGGUCACAGAAUGGCCCUUCCCCGUGCAUACUCACACACUUUCCUUCCUUAGGGCUUUUCUUCAGCUUUGGGUUUCCUGUUACUUCAAUUUCAUGCAACCAUUACUUAAAUAUUAUUGAACACAUAUUGUGGUCUUGGCACCAUUUUAGGUGUUAAAUUUGAAGGACUUGGUACCUAGGCCCCAGUCGACUCCCCCAAAUGCCUGAAACUUCCACCCCCCUCCUCCCACCCAUUUUCAGCCCAAUAGCAUCUCUUCAGAGAAUUGAUGGCAUAGUUGAGACCGUGAGAGGAAAGUCUGCGGGGCCAGGAGGUGGGCAUGUGGCUCUGGAAGUGGGUCUUUGCACAAGUGACCCGUUUUCUCUAGGAGGAAAUGGCUCAUUGUGGGCUCAGGCUGCCUCCUGGUGGUUUCAUGUUCAGAAGUGACAGCGGAGCCCCAAGGCCGGGGCAGUAGUGGACAGCAAUUGUUUUAGAUGAGGAGUCCUUUGAUCAUUAUGGAGUUCUUUUACCUGGUCCUGGGCUGCAGGGACGAUGGGGAGGUACCAGAUGUUUCUUUCAGAAAAUUUCCAGCCUGGUGGGUACAGAGUCUUGGGGAAAGCAGGCCGGAGAGGGAUCCCAGUAAAAUUUGGUCUUUAAAGAGCAUCCACCAGUCCCUCGAUCAUACUCCUUUGGGGACUUGGUUGGAAUUACGCCAGCCCUGCCUUCUUGUGCUAUUUCUGUAGGAACAGGGUGGGCACCUUCUACCUGCAGAGUCCUCUUGGGGACAGGUUUUCACACAGCCCAGAUUAGCCAAGCCCAGGGCUCAGGCCUAGAGAAACACAAGCUAAGGUCUACCAUCUGCACCCACCAAAGGAGCCUCCUUCUGUGACCCAGAGAAGCCGUGGGGCGUUCCCAGGCAAGGGCCCUGCAGAAAUGCUGCUACACUUCAAAUGCCCCUGCUUCCUUCGUGAUCAUAACUGUCACAUUGCUAUUGUUUGGGAUAAUGUUAAAUAAAAAGAGUAGACCUAAAUUGGAAGUCUCAAGUCAAUGAAGGAAGAGACCAUGAAAACACUUGUGUUAGAGCAAUAAGUUUCUACGAUUUCUUAUUCCUGUUAUAAACAUUUUCUUUAAUGUUAUUAUUUUUACAAUAAAAAAAAAAAUCAAUGUGGCCCGAUCUAGACUGUCAGUGAUGGGAUGUGCUGUUCCCCAACCUCCACCACCGUUCCUCUGAUCAUGAGGGCAUUUACCUGAAGAUCAUCAGCAGACCUUGACCUGCUGAUGGGUCAGAGGCGGUCCCCGCAGCGACCACUCAGUCUGUUGCGAUGCACAGAAUCACUGCCUCCCCACCUCGUCUCCCUUUACCCGGGUUGUGGGUUUAGUGCCCCACCUUGCACAGGGCCUGGUUGUGUUCUCUGUGCACCACCAGGGGGCGGGGCAGUGCCUGGACCGAUGUGCUAGCUCCAGUCGUCUUAGGGCACAAAGGGUCCGCCUGUGCUCUCCUAUGAAUCUGCUAAGGAUGCAAAGCAGGCCUAAUGGGAGUAAAAGUAAGGGAGUGAAUGGAGGCUGGGAGGACAGUCAGCGCCCCCUGUUGGUAGGAGUUGAGGCCAUGUGCCAGGUACCCCUCCCUUCUUAGAAUCUGGUGUUUUCAGGUGCACGUCAGUGGAUUAACAUAAGGAUAGGACAGCAGAGGACUUGGGAGCACAGGUGCUCCACAGCGCUACUGAUGACAGCAAAAGGGUGAGGAAAGCCAAGUGAUACUGGGAAAGGGUGAAAAAGGAUUGUUUGGAUACAGACUGAAUUUAUAUUAGUGUAGAUAUACAUGCCUGGUGGCAACAUUACAGCCCUCUAAAGUUUGGAUUUUAUAGUUUUUGUCAGUAUCACUUGUAAGAUUAAUCAAUACAGGCCAUGACAAUGUAUGGUAUCAUGUACUUUUUUUUCCACUAAGAAAAUAAAUAGGAAUUGGGUGCUUUGUCUGUUAAAA